AUGAGUGACGAUUUAAACGAUUUUUUUGCCAAAAAAGAUAGCACUAAAAAGAUUGUUAAAAAACCAGCUGUCAAAGCAACUAAACCAGCUACUCCAUCAGCUUCAACUACACCAUCAACUGCCACCACAACUGUUGCACCAGUUGAAACUAAGAAAGUUGUCGAUCUUUCACAAUUAAAUAAAUCAAAGGAAUCAGUUCCAACUGUUGAAGCUAAAGAAGCCAAACAAGAACAAAUUAAUAUCCCAAGUAUGAGAUGGGCCGAUAAAAAUGAAGAAAAAAGUUCAAAUGGCAAAAACCAAAAGAACAACCCAUUAAAAAAAGACGAUAACAAAGUUGACAACGAAGAACAUCAUUAUGAAGAUAAGGUCGAAGAAGAAGAAGAAGAAAAAGAACAAGAAACAGUUGCCACUACUGAAGGUGAUGCUUCAGAAGAUUCUUCAAAGAAGACUAAAAAACAAGCCCCAAAACAAAAGAAGAAAACAAAAGAAGAAAUUGAAGCCGAAAAACUUAUGGCUGAAUUUGGUCUUAGUGAAGAAAAACCAAACCAAAAACAAACUCAAAAACCAAAAAAGAAAUAA